AUGAAUGCAUUCAACUGUGAGUUCAGAUACCAGAGCCGCGUGUAUGGCAUUCACGUGACUGACGCCCACUCAACACACCUCCCAUUUGAGCGCAUUUUGACGCAAAUCCAACACAUCGUUAACCUCAUCGGCAAAGAGCUCAUCACUUUCGACACACAUCUCUUUGAGGUAUCGGACAGCGUGUGCACCACUUUCAUCAACAAAGACUCGCUCAUCAAAUCAAACGCAUUGAUACUUAUGUCCCGCAAAUCACAGACAAAUAUCUCUCAAACGAUGGCUAAUACUGAAGAUAAUGAGUCCAUUGAUGACGAGAUAUCGAUUGUUGAUGUUAUUGAUGCCAAACCGCUCACCACUACUGUCGCAUCAGAUGGCAUUCAAGUCGCGAAGACUGAUAACGAUUCCGAAGGCAAAGUGCAGACUAUUGUCAUUGUCUCGAGUGAUGAAGAGUUGGACACAAAGCCGAAGACAUUAGACGUGAAGAUUAAGGCCAAGAAAAAGAAGAUAUUAAAGGAGCAGAUAUUGUCUGACAUUCCUCAGGAGUAUCGCUACGAAAAUCUUUUCAUUAAGACGUCUGAAGACAUAGAUAUGUUCAGCACUUUCUUGGAUGUAAUCAAAGACUUUUCCGAUAAUAACUGCGACCUAAUAGCAGAUCACGAGUGGACUCAUGCUAUACAUCACCGCAUGAAAGCCAAGGGUUAUCACGACUGUCAGCCUAAGAGUUGGCGAUACUUUUACAUGAGUCUCACCGAUCAAUACCUCAAAGUCCUCAAGACUAUAUCGUCGACCGCGGAGACAGAGUUCCCAUUCUUUGCCAAAUUUAAUGAAAUACUAUUCAACGCCAUUAACCCUAUAAUGAGAGAUAUCUUGAAUUCACGGACCCGUUUCCUGAUCUGCUGUCAACCAGAAGAUCCGCAAUUUCUGGCACUUCAGGUGACGGCCGACGAUCAGAAGACUGAGUCGGAUCUGAGGAAUAAUUUUCAGAAGAAACUCGAGAGGAAUAUCUCUGCCAUUAAGGAGUUUGUUCUAUUGGUUCGAGUGAUAGUCCAGCAGAAUGUCGGCUCACAUGAGCCACACUUCCAGGACGUGAUCACUAGAGAGAUGUUGAAGAAUGGCAUCAAUUGGGCGGCAAGUAAGCACUCGGAGGACGUGAUCACUAGAGAGAUGUUGAAGAAUGGCAUCAAUUGGGCGGCAAGUAAGCACUCGGAGGUCAGGUGGUGGGCACCCAAUGGCUUCCUCGACACUUGGCUUACAUUCUACUUCAAUAAUCUCUCAAAUUACAAGAUUUCAUUGACUUCUCCCAAUCGUGUCGUGCGAUACGUCUAUAAGUAUUUAAAUUCAAUUCAAACACAAUUCGCGGAUUUGAAGCAAAUUUUUGCUGCCAAUGAAUACUUUACUGAGAAGUUGGUGUCAAUUGAAAAGCGUUUUGACGGCAUGUUUCGCGAAGUAAAGCCCAAACCGGAAGUCAACAACACGUCUGCCAAACGCAGGCAAAGCGCUGACAACACGUCCCGAAAGAAACCCAAAAAGUAUAACAAAAAGAAGCGUAACUACAAGAAAAAGUCUAAUUAUGCGGCAAAUCGUGGCACUAAUUAUACCCAAAAUCGUAGCAAUUAUACCGCAAAUCGGGACAAUAAUUUCAAUAGAAACAAUUCAAACGCAUCCACUUCGGGAAGUACUGGAGUUUCGGUCAAAAGGAAACCAAAUGUUGUGAUUAAAAGUGAGCCAAAGUUUAUGCCGAAGCAAGAGAUUAAAAUAAAGACUGAAAAGUAUUACCGGUAG